AUGUCGUCGCCCGCCCCUUCUAGCACCGGUGGCGCCAAGGAGAAGAAGCCCCUUGAGCAGAUCACGUUCCGCUUCUGCUCCGAAUGCAGCAACAUGCUGUACCCCCGCGAGGCCGAAGACGAAAACAAGCUGCUCUUCACCUGCCGCACCUGCAACUUUUCCGAGCCCGCCACGUCGACGUGCAUCUACCGCAACAUCCUCAACAACGCUGCCGGCGAGACGGCUGGUGUCACGCAAGAUGUCGCCUCUGAUCCCACGGUGGGUGUUGUCUCUUCUGUUUCUUCUGCUGCUGUUGGUGAUGGUGUCGCCUCGCCUGCGUCGACCUUGCCCCGACCCGCGGACGGAUCGACCUACAUCUACUGCCAGUGCUGUGGCGUCAUUGAGCUGUGUUCGAACCACUUUGCCGCCCCUCCCUCCGACUCCGAAGCCGGCAGCGAUUGCGAGUCCCUGUACGACCAGAUGGCCGCUACCACGAUCGACAUGAACGACAACAGCCAUGUCUGGGCCUCCAACAACAGCAGCGAGAGGGAGGCCAUGGGCAGGGUCCGUGCCGAAGAGUACUUUUACAACUUGGUCGCCUUUGAGGACUACGAAGAAGAGGAGGGCUCCAUCGAGUUUGAAAACAUGGAGCUCGACGACACCGACAUGGACAUGACAGCAUCAAGCCAACUGCCUGUUCAAGUCCCGGCAGCUUAG